UAACAAUUAUGUCAACUGAGUGAAGUUAAAUGUACAAAUCCUAGAGUUAACGGAGCAAUUGGCGAUUAGAUAAGAAAUGAAGGUUGCAUUUUGAAAUUAACUCGGCCUCAUUAUUACAAAAAAGAAAAACAAAAUUCACAUUUCCCGGGAUUGCUUUCAUUACACACACUCUCACGCCCAAUUUUUUAAUACUGUUCCUUCCCCACAUCCACCGGUAUCCACCCUCCUCCACCUCCACCACCACCACCGCCACCGGCCCACCGCCAACCAACACCUUCCUUAUUCGACUUGAGGCCUCUGUACAUUAAACAUAUUAACAUUCGCAAAUCACCAGCUAAAUUUCGAAUACUUUCAAACUUACUCGAAGUAGAAAAGCUAGCUGAGCGAGAAGAAGGAAAGAAACAGCGAAGGAUCAAGCAUGGAAGUUGAGCAAUUUGGGGCGGAGAAACCCCCGGCGAUGAUGACCUACGAUGAGAUAUCAAUGGAGCGGAGCAAGAGUUUUGUUAAGGCUUUGCAGGAACUGAAGAAUCUGAGGCCGCAACUUUAUUCUGCGGCAGAGUACUGUGAAAAGUCUUAUCUUCAUAGCGAACAGAAACAAAUGGUACUGGAUAAUCUAAAAGACUAUGCAGUACGUGCACUCGUGAACGCUGUUGACCAUUUGGGGACUGUGGCGUACAAGUUGACUGACCUUCUUGAUCAGCAUACCAUCGAUAUCUCAUCCAUGGAUUUCAAGAUCACAUGUGUAAAUCAGCGACUUCUAACUUGCCAAACCUUCUCGGAGAAAGAAGGUCUUCGGCAGCAGCGGUUGUUGGCAAUCGUUCCAAGGCAUCAUAAGCAUUACACAUUACCAAAUUCUGUCAACAAGAAGGUACACUUUAGUCCACGCGUUCAGAUGGAUCCCAGACAACAAAUACAUGCGAAACCACGUCUGUAUCCUUCAGGUACCCCUGCAGCAAAGACUCUUUCUUGGCAUUUGGCUUCAGAAACCAAGUCCUCGUUAAAAGGAUCUUUGCGUUCAUCUUUGAGCUCUGAGGACUCUAAAAGUUCAGGAAAGAAUUCUUCAUCACUCAGUUCUUUAGAUGCAGAACAGCUAAAGUCCCCAAAAGCUCACACUAAAUUGCCAAACAUCGGGCCUGCUUCAGCUGUGGCCAUACAAACAUUAGGCAUCUCCCAACGGGUAAUGUGGGAAUGCUCUGGGACUGAAACUUGCUUGAUUUGUUUAUCAUCUGCAGGGUUUCAGUGUCUAGAAUUUUGACAUGUUUUUCCAGAUGUUUACCGUCGUGUGAAUGUUUUCAUAUCAAUAGCUAGUUCUUAAUGUUCCAGUAAUUUGAUUUAGUGUGGUUCGUUGCGUUCAUCAAUCUUUGCUAAAGACAAGUAUCUUAAUUAAGGUAAAAUUCAAUGUUCAUGGAUCUGAUGUAAUAGGUCUUCCCAUGCUUUAAAAACCUGAGCUGUACCUUUGUAAAGAGCAACAUAUAAUAACUCUCAGCUUCAGUUAGUUCCUAGAUUGCAACUUCUUGUGAGAGCUGAAGUAUUAGAAGCAUCAAAAUAGCUUAGUUGACUGUUUUUUUUAAUGUGUAUUUGAAUGUUCAGAUGUGUACUCUUAACUGCACUUUCUUUUCUAGGCGCUGGAUGAUCUUAGAACGCGAAAAUUAGUCAAGUAUAUCUCUCCUUUGUUCCAUCGUUUUCUAAGUGUCGAAGAUUCAGAAUUUCUGUAAAUGUGAGCACUUUAACAUUGAUUAAAUUGAAGGGACGAGGCCUGAAAAUUGAGAUUAUAGAGGGAGUGCAACCAUCAAGUAGCUUAGCUUGAUGGGGAAAAUGACAAUGAGUGUGUAGAAAACCUUUAGAUCAGAAAUGCUUAAUACAUGUUAGAGUAAGAUCACUAAUAAUGGAGUGAUGAUCUUUUCUCUUGUACACAUUGAAAUGUGCAUUAUUAUGCUCUUUACAGCAAUGCACUGUGAUGAUGGUAGUUAGCCGUAUCUUCACCUGUGCACUUCAGUUAUUUCAUCUGCUAGCGAUUUGUUUUCUGUUCAGUAAUUUGAUCGUGCGUUGCUAGCCUGCCACGUGCUGUUACUUGAUUGCUUGCACACUUGUUCUGUUGAAUUAUACUCUGAUCAUUAAGUUUGUUUAUUUGCUGCAGCACGCUGCUUGCUUUCACCUUUUGCUUGUUGCACACGUCUAGAGAUUUUUUUUUUUAGAACAUGGUGAGGGUUUGCUGAGGUUUUGUUUCCUUUCAGGAUACUGUUGAGGGAAGGAGACCCAUGACACCAUUUAGAUCUUUUGACAAUGUGGGUAAGCGGGAGAAUGUUAACGUCCCUGUUCGGAGCAAGAGCAUGCUUUCGGCCUUCUUUGUCAAGCAAAAGACUCCAAGACUGAGGACCAGUGCCACAUCCUGAAUUUAUCAAAGGUGUUAAAAGACGAUCCUAGGAGCUCUGUGAAUUUCAAAAGAAGUAUACUUACACUAAUACUGCUCGCCGGAUUCUCGCCUGACUAUUCCUCGACUAAUUAGUGACCAUUAUUUUGUUGAUGCAUCAUCAAUAAGGAGAUAGAAGUUGGUGGAUUUUGUUAUCCGAUAUUAUAAGCGUAUGGCCUGGACAGUCCUUGUAUAUUUGAUCUCCCUUACUGCUGUUCUGCAGCUUCUAGUGCCGAAUUCCUCUGUGACUGGCUUCUAUAUUUCCACGAAUUCGUUGAUUUUUGUAAAGGGAUACUAUCCUAAUUUGAGAUUACUAUCUAGCUAAUAAUAGAGCAGCUCAUUAAUUCGAUUGUAAAUCUCGCUUGGAUCCAUACUCUAAUUUUUUUUUUUCAAAAUGUCUCUGGCAAAUUAUUUCCGUAAAUCCCGUUGGGUUGUUUUUCUGCAAUUCCUCCUCUUUUCCUUGUUUUUUUU